AUGUCUGAAUUUCUUGGCUCUCGCAUAUCUCUCAUAUCGAAGAGCGAUAUUCGCUAUUCGGGCGUAUUGCACGAGAUCAAUUCUGAAGAGUCUACCGUAUCUCUCGAGAAUGUCAAAUCAUUCGGUACCGAAGGCCGCAAAGGUAACCCGGAUGAAGAGAUAGCACCUUCUGAUCAGGUAUACGAAUACAUCGUCUUCCGGGGGAGCGAUGUGAAGGACUUGCGCAUCGAGCAAGCUCCCGUCCCACCCAAAGAAAAUCAGCCUCCCCAGGUUCCAGAUGACCCUGCCAUUGUCGGAUCUCGUACCCGUCCACCUCCUCAGGGUGGCAUCCCACCUGGACCAGGUAACAAUGCAGGCCCUCCUGCCUACAGCCAAAGCCCAUACCAACCCAACCCAUUCUACCCACCUCCUGGGCAAUGGGGACGCGGUGGUCCUGGACCUGUUCCCGGACCUGGCCAGGGCUUUCAUGGAAUGCCCUACCCACCUCCUCCCGGCUGGUUCCCUCCUGGCCAAGGCUUCCCAGGUGGUGGACCUGGUGGACCCGGCGGUCCUGGAGGUCCUGGAGGUCCAGGUCCGUGGAACAGCUUCGGCUAUCCACCUGGUCCGGGCCCUCAAGGACACCCAGGUGCACCUGGCCAACCCAUGCGAGGUCCAAUGCAACAGGACAAUAAACCUGCUCCGAUUGGUGCCGGAGUAGAGAAACAACAGAAACCGGUUGGUAACCCCGCAGUUGAGUUGCCUACCGAGUCUAAGUCUUUUGGACAGCAGCCUCCUCAGCCUGCCCCGACGAACGUGGCCCCCACUCCACCGGUCGAGUCGAAACCAUCGGCAGCAGAAGUCAAAGCUACUGCCGAUUCGCUGUCGACGACCGCGGCCCAAAAUAACGCCGCCGAGAAAGCCGCCGAGAGAAGGGCCAUUCCAACCGGCCCGAAAAAUAAUCGGAUCACGCCUGCUGUGCCAAUGCCGUCCGCUCUCUUCACGAAAAGCGGGCCACAAGUUACUGCCGCGACCGCUACCAUCAAGCCUUCGGGAGACCAAGCCAACGGACCGAUGAGCGCGGCCAACUUGAAAGAUGCUACCCAAGCAGCAAAGGCAGCUGUGGCCGUGGCAAUGGCGAAGCUGGCCAAUCCUCAGGCUGCGGACGUUCCCGCCUCUAACGGCAGUGCGAUGGAUAACUUGACUAAGAAGGUCAACGAGAUGCGCAUGACUGCCCCCAGAUCUACUGGGAACGGCCGAGGACGUGGCCGAGGGGGUCGCUACGGUGGCCCAAGCAAGGUGGAUGUUCCCGAUUCCGACUUCGAUUUCCAAGCCGGAAACGCCAAAUUCAACAAGCAAGAUCUUGUGAAGGAGGCCAUUGCUGGCUCACCACUUGCCGAGGCCUCGAAUGGGCCUCCUACAGAGCUAGCACAGCCUGAUGAGGCCAUCCCACCAAUCGCUUACAACAAGACCAGGUCGUUUUUCGACAAUAUCUCGAGUGAAGCAAAGGAUCGAGCAGACAAUGGUGGCCAAAAGCCUGGUGGCCGGGAGUGGCGCGGCGAGGAGCAGCGCCGAAAUAUGGAGACCUUUGGCCAAGGUAGCGUCGACGGUGGUUACCGUGGCGGCUUCCGUGGUCGAGGUCGUGGACGCGGUGGCCCUCGUGGCCGUGGAUUUGCUCCUCGGGGAAGAGGGAAUGGAUACCGCCAGCAGGCGGCUCAGUAGUUCCACAACAUUGAUGGAACACUUAGCAGAGCAAUUGGCAUCAUUGCUCAAAGACCCUUCCCAUUCACGACACGACUUCCAGCAAACGACCACUUUGACAUCAAUUUCCAGUGUAUUAAUAAGUCAGUUGCAUGAUAUGGUUUUUUUUUCAUGCUUUAGGAACUUUAGUGGAUAAGGCGAGCAAUUUUGCCCACGCCUUAGAACUCAAUAUGUGUGGUUUCAGUUGAGGCUCCAGCAAAGGCGUAAGGAUGGUUUCGCAAGGGUAGGGUGUCAAUAUUAGCAUUAGCAUCAUGAGGAUGAUUCAUCACAAGAGUUACUUGUGAUGAAUAAAAACGGCGCCUUGUUCUAGCUUGGGUGGGAUAAGGCAAAUAUUGAAGAGACGUUUGAUACCAAUGACUCUUCCGGGUUACGGCGCUUGAGAAGAGGCACACCCAGUUCUCAAUACAGGCGCAAGUGGCACAAAUUGGGCAAGUUUUGGGCUUGAUGCUUUGCAGGUAGACAAGGUUACCGUGAGCCAGUACAGGGCCAACCUUACUCUACCUAUCUAGUUAAUACACAUCAUCAAGUCUAUUUUCUGGGGGGGUUUUUUCUUUGCAAUGUGAUUUAACGAAGACCAAUGUUCUACAAGUAUAUUAACGUUCUAU